AUGGUGACGGUGCGCAGGCCGUGGCCCGCCAUGGCCACAGUGCUGCUGGCCCUGCUCUUCUGCCUGGGGGCGCUGGUCGACGCCUACCCCGCCAAACCCGAGGCUCCCGGCGCACACGCCUCGCCGGAGGAGCUGAAGCGCUACUACCUCUCUCUGCGCCACUUCCUCAACCUGGUCACUCGGCAGAGGUACGGGAAACGUGACAUCUCGGAAGCCCUCCUCUCCAAACUGCUCUUCCCCGAUCCCGAGGACCGGCCCGUCAAGUCGCGGCCAGAAGGCGCCUACCUGUGGUGAAGACCCCCAAGGCCUCCUGAGAGACACG